CAUUGCAUAAAUUGAGCGACUUAGAUUGACCGUCACUUUUAGUAUAUUUAAAUUCAUUUGGAUCGGAUCCUAAUACUAGCAGAAUGUUAAAUAAAUCCUGUCAUAUUAGCACACUCGCGCAGCGGGCUGCCACAAUACUGACGCAACGUUCUUUUAGCCGCACGCAACAAAUGCUCGAUACUAUUAAAACUCAUCAGGUGAACAACUUAGAAAGACGUUUUUUGGUCUGGACGGGCAAAUAUAAGUCUCAAGCGGAAGUUCCCGACUUCGUAAGUCAGGAUGUGAUGGAACGCUGCCGUAACAAGGUGAGAAUUCGUAUUGCCAAUAUAAUGAUAGGACUGACUGCCCUUGGCUGCGUUAUUAUGGUCUACAGCGGCAAGGAGGCAGCCAAGAGAGGCGAGUCUGUGACCAAACAGAACCUCGAGUGGCACAAACAGUUUAAUGAGUUGUCAAAAGAGACGGCACCAAAAAGCAAUUGAUACAUAAGUCGACUGGGCUCCUCCAAACUCCACUCACCCACAUCUACAUAUGCACCAAAGUAAUACUGAACCUUUGGAUAUUUUAUUUGCAAUUUUGUGUUCCGAUUAAAACGUAGAUUAAAAUUUGUAUAUACAUAUAUAAAAGAUCUUUGUACAGUGAUAUUUGAGAACUCACUUAAAUUUAGUGAAUUUAGUUGGGAUUUCCCGUUGUUAUGCACAUGAAUAAAUGCUUCAAGGCUUAUA